AUGGAACUACAGUGUGACAUUUGCUUUAAUCUAUUUGACCUGGACCACCACCGUCCAAAGAGCUUGAUCUGUGGACACACCAUUUGUCAAGAGUGCGUGCAGAAUCCUGGCUUGGGAGGGAAGUGUCCAACUUGUAGAAAGGACCUGAACGCCGACCCUGCCGCCCUCCCCGACACUAUCGCUUUGAUCCGCCUGAUUGAACACGACGGCGCGCCUCCUCUCAAGAAGCCCAGGACAGAGGAGACAGAGGUCCGGCAGCUGCGGCGGGGCGUGGAGGCAGGACGGAAGGUGGUGGAGGUGCUGCGGCUGGUGGUGCCCAGGGCCGUGGAGUAGGGUACCUCGAAAAACACCGUUUUUCGAAUCUGAUUUCGGCUCGGGUGGAUAAAUGUUCUAUCCAGUAACACUAUUAACGGUCUAAAAUAUUAUUUCGAUCGGAUAAAAUCUUCAGCCUCCACAGCGGCCUCAAAGUUUAGCAUGGAGCUCUUAUGGGAAAAAAGCGUAAAAACUGAAAUCUUACAUUGGAGGGUUCCUGUCAUAUAAUUCGCUGUUUUAAUUUUUAAAAAUGCAAUCUACGCAUAAAAACGCAUCCAGAGAUGUGCCACUUGUCAUAUGAGUACCCGUCCGUUAUGACCAAGGCCCUGUCAAAAAAGCUGAUUUUGCGUCAAAAUUGCAAAUUUUGGUCAUAAAAGCUGGGUACAUAUGACAUGAAGGAGCACAUCUCCGGAAGCGUUUUCACGCGUAGAUUCCAUUUCUACUAAUUAAAACAGCGAAAUUUUCAACUGGAACCCUCACGUAAAAAAUUUCAGUUUUUAACCUUUUUUC